UGAAAUACAAAUGGAGAGUGAAACCGCGAGUUGCAACGUCGGUCUCAAAAGUAUUCACGAGGGUGUCACUCCAUGCGUGAUAUACUUGUCCUCACCUACUCAUCGGAAGGUGGGAAAAGGAAAAUUGUACAAUACUUCGGGAGAAGUAUUGCACAAUACUCCGAUCCUUGCGGGUCAUGUCAAAGUAUCACCUAUUGUUGCUUUCGAACCAACAGCACCGUUGCCAAUACCGGACAACGAUGGAGAUAUGCAGUUAUUAGGCGAAGCUAUUGGAAGUUACGCGGCAUGGCCUACACAUCUUGUUGCCCUCGAUAAGAUCCAAUUAAAUAAACCACCCGUACAGCCAAAAAAAGCCAUCAAACCUCAAAAAUUGGAGGCUAAUAGAGCUUGCAAACUACAAAGGCUAGAGGAUAAUAAAGCUGCCAAAGUUGCAGCAAGAACACUAGAUCGGGGAAAAUCAGUCGCUGCUGCUGCUGCUCCUAAAAUAAGUCAGCCAUGCCUUGCUAAUUACGGGCGUGUCUUGACAUCCAAGUAAAACGGAACAUGGGCAACAACGACGAUUCGCGCAUCAUACCCAUGAAUAAAGCUAUAUUCGGAGAUGAGUAUGAUGAAUUUCUCGAAAAGGAGCACAUUUACGAACUUCUCAACCAUAAGGAGCUUAGUG